UGACUCUUUUAAGCGGCUGCUACACAUUAGCCGACUGUUAGCUACAGCAGCUCUCUGAACACAUCUAUAUGAAACACUUUGAUAUCACAGCGGACCAACAGUACCCGGUAGAUAAUAGUAAUAAACAUUACAACUGAAGAAAUGAACAGUCGACUGCAAGAAAUCCGCGAGCGACAAAAACUCAGGCGGCAACUUUUAGCUCAACAGUUGGGAGCUGAAAGCGCAGACAGUAUCGGAGCUGUCCUAAACAGUAAAGAUGAACUAAAGGAGAUAGAGGAGACACGAGAAACAUGCAGGGCUUCAUUUGACAGUUCAACCGUACCUUCCAAAAGGAAGGCACAGACGGAGGGAGAGGACACAGAGGAAGAUGUGGAAGAACAAAAGGAUGAGCCGGAGGUGCCGCAGCCGGAUGAAAGCAACCCAUAUGAGGAAGUGUACAAGGACUCAAGUACUUUCCUUAAGGGUACCCAGAGUUUGAACCCUCACAAUGACUACUGUCAGCACUUUGUCGACACAGGGCACCGGCCGCAAAACUUCAUCAGAGAUGUUGGCUUGGCUGACCGCUUUGAAGAAUACCCUAAGCUUCGGGAGCUGAUCAGACUGAAGGACGAACUCAUCUCCACCACCAACACCCCUCCCAUGUACCUCCAGGCUGAUCCAGAGCGCUUUGACCUGCAGGAUCUGAAGUGCAAGUUUGAUGUCAUUCUGCUCGAGCCUCCCUUAGAGGAAUACUACAGAGAAUCAGGCAUCAGCCACACUGAACGUUUCUGGACCUGGGAUGAUAUCAUGAAACUGGAAAUUGAGGAGAUAUCUGCUCCACGUUCCUUUGUCUUUCUGUGGUGUGGAUCUGGUGAAGGCCUGGACUUGGGCAGAAUGUGUUUGAGGAAGUGGGGUUUUAGGCGGUGUGAGGAUAUCUGUUGGAUCAAGACCAACAAGAAUAACCCAGGCAAGACCAAGGCACUGGACCCAAAAGCAGUAUUCCAGAGGACCAAGGAACACUGCCUAAUGGGAAUCAAAGGCACAGUGCGUAGGAGUACCGACGGCGACUUCAUCCACGCUAACGUCGACAUUGACUUGAUCAUCACUGAGGAGCCUGAGAUGGGAAAUGUAGAGAAGCCCGUGGAGAUCUUCCACAUAAUUGAGCAUUUCUGUUUGGGCCGCAGGAGGUUGCACCUGUUUGGACGAGACUCAACCAUCAGACCAGGCUGGCUGACCGUUGGUCCUACUUUGACAAACAGUAACUUUAACAACGAGGCCUACAACUCGCAUUUUAUCAACACCCCCCUAUCAGGCUGCACCGAGGACAUAGAGAGGCUGCGGCCGAAAUCUCCCCCUGCUAAGCUGAAGUCGGAGCGUGGUGGCGGAGCACCCAGGGGGGGGCGUGGUGGACCAAAUUCAGGAAGAGGCGGAGACAGAGGCCGUGAUAGAAACCGUCCAUUCCGUGGGGACAGGGGAGGGUUCAGGGGCCGAGGAGGACCACAUAGGGGCUUUCCACCUCGCUAGAGCAACAAGCUGAUGCCAACCACACUGAUGCUAGGAAUCCCCAUCUGCAUUAUCUGCAAACACAAUCUGAUUUGUAUUGCAGUCGGGGUAUGGUAUGGGUAGUAUGUGACAGCCGAGAAGUUGGCGAAUGUGAUCUUAUCUUUUUUUUAAUCGUUUCGUUUAUAUUUUUUCAUGGAUGUACUGUAGAUUGAAAGGGUGUCUGAAUAAACAUUCUUCUCACUUUUUA